GCGAAACUAUAGACUUGACAGUAUUAUUAUUAUUAUUAUUAUUGUCCGUAUUACAUUUUGCUAUAAUCUUUGAAGAGAUAUCAUAUAGAAUCUUUCUACGUGCUUUUUAUAUAUCGAUAAAAUGGGUCCCAAAAAGGCAAAAGGAAAAACGGAUCAGAUUGGUGGAGUGGAUACAACAAAAAUGAAUAGGGAGCAAUUGGAAAUAUAUGCUCAUAAGAUAUUAGAAGAAAUGGAACGUGAACGGGAGGAAAGAAAUUUCUUUCAAUUAGAGAGAGAUAAAUUGCGAACUUUUUGGGAAAUUACGAGACAUCAGCUGGAUGAAGCGCGCGCUACAAUCAGAAAUAAAGAACGCGAGAAAGAGGAAUUGGCAGAGAAACACGAUGCCGAACUUAAGUUAUACAAGCAGAAAGUAAAACACUUAAUGUAUGAGCAUCAGAGUAAUUUGUCUGAGAAUAAAGCCGAACAUCUGGUUGCUCUCAAAUUAGCGCAAGACGAUUACGUUGCGCAAGAGAACGAGCUUAUUAAAGACAAAACACAACUCAAGAAAACGCAGAAAGAACAGGAAUUGGCGUACAUGAAUGAGAUACGCGCGUUGAAGAUGAACCAUUCGGAGGAAAUGAAUAAUUUAAUGAAAAAAUUCGAAUCUGAAGCGAUAGAAUUGGAGCAAAAAUACGAACAGAAAUUAACCAGUCAAUAUGAGUCUUUAACGUUGAAGCAUCGAAUGGAAGUUACAGAAAUGGAGGAGAGAAAGAACGCGCAAAUUGCAAAUUUGAUAAAAAAUCACGAGAAUGCGUUUGCCGAGAUAAAAAAUUAUUACAAUGAUGUCACUCUCAAUAAUUUAUCGUUAAUUAAAAGCAUGAAGGAACAAAUGGAAGCGAUGAGAAAUAAUGAAGAACGUAUGAAAAAGCAAGUGCGAGAAUUGACAAUAGAGAAUAAAAAAUAUUCAGCUGAUUUAAAAUCUUUGCAAGAAACAUCUUCCGGGCUUAACCGUCAGCUUACAAAUUAUGAGAAAGAUAAACAAGCUUUAGCUAAUUCGAAACGGAGAUUGUCUACAGUGGCGAAGGAUCUGGAAAAUUUAAAAUGGGAAAAUGAAGUGCUCGAACUGCGUUUUGAAAAAUGUCAAUCCGAGAGAGAUGAGUUACAUUCUAGAUUUGUGUCGGCUAUUUUCGAAUUGCAACAGAAAACAGGUUUGAAGAAUGUCCUCUUGGAGAAAAAAUUAGAAAAGUUAUCGGAGUUAUUGGAGCAACGAGAAGCGCAGAUCAGCGAAGUAUUGACCGCAGCUCAAUUAGAUCCUGCGGCGGUAAUCAAUGCGAAUAAAAAAUUAGAGGAUAUGCUUAAUAGAAAAAAUGCUGCAAUACAAGAUCUGCAAUAUGAAUUAGCGAAAGUUUGCAAAGCACACGAUGACUUAUUAACGACUUAUGAGAGGAAAUUGCAAGAAUAUGGAAUUCCCAAAGCAGAACUUGGAUUUCAGCCUUUGAGAAUGAGGAUAGCCGGUGCGAAAUUGGGUUUAAGUUCAACGAGUUUUGUUACUGUAAAUCAGUAACAUACAUUUUAUAAUUAUUUAUAUCAAUUUUUGCAAAUUUAUAUUGUGCCGUGUCUGAGAAAAUUGCGCCGUAUUUUAUUACCGUUUUUACAUACUAU